AUGGAGAUAGUUUAUGGUCCUGACCAAGCUCCGUUCAUAGUCGAACACCAGGAUUUUCUAGAUGCUAGCCUUGAGCCAGGAUGUCAUCAAUGAUUUAGCUAUAUUAAAAAUGAAGAAAAUGCAUAUUGAACUGACUGAAAAUUAAGCUUUUGAGAAGACUGUUCAAGCACACACCAAAUCAUCGGAAAAUGAGUUCGAAAAUAAGGCAAUCGAUAACAUCCAGUGAGCUUAUCUCAAAGACGACCAGUUGUUCAAGCCUUUGUUCGAGGCAAUCUUAAUUAUAAAACUCGAAUGAAUGAAUCUGCGUAAGAAGAUCAGAGAAAUCGAACUGUCCAAGAUUAAAAUAAGAGAAGCGAAGGUGAGCAGCCUCAGCACAAUUCCGAUGCACAGUGUAAAACUCGAGGUAGAUUGCUCGAACCUUCUAGAAAAGGAUGAUCCCGAGAUGAAGCGCAUCGUAGAAGAAUACCUGCAGAAGGUCAACAAGAUGGGCGAUCAGCUGCAGUCUGAAAGACUGCGGCAGAUGAAGAACUGCCAACUGCAGUUCGACAAGAAGCUCGGCUUCUUGAAUGAGAAACAGGAGGAGAUUAAGCAGAAGUAUUCUGUUAAAUUCAAGGAUUACCUCGAAAAACAUACUGCUACAGCUAGGCUCCUGGCUCAGUACGAGGAAUGUGAAGACGAGCAAGCGGAUUUCGAGGAUAUUAGAAAGUUGUUCUGUGACGGGGAGGAUGAAAAGACUGGCGAUUUUGAUAGUGAUGUUGAAAGAGUAUCCUCUCCCUCGAGCAAUAAAGACCCAGUAGACCUCGAAGACAUCAAACUUGACGAAAAGGCCAAAAACCCCAUCAAACCCUCCCCCUGCCAACCCUCCUCCUAACCCAACCCAAUCCUAACCCUCGACCCUUCUAACUCUCCA